AUGCAGAAUGCCCUGGGGCCCGCCUGCAUCUUCCUGCGCAAGGGCAUCGCCGAGAAGCAUGGGCACCGGGAGCUGGGAGCCGAUGAAAUCGAAGAGCUGCGUGAGGCCUUCGCGGAGUUCGACAAGGACAAGGACGGGCUGAUCGGCUGCAAGGACCUGGGCAACCUUAUGCGCACCAUGGGCUACAUGCCCACCGAGAUGGAGCUCAUCGAGCUAUCGCAGCAGAUCAACAUGAACCUGGGGGGCCGGGUGGAUUUCGAAGACUUCGUGGAGCUGAUGACACCCAAGCUGCUGGCCGAGACGGCCGGGAUGAUCGGGCUGCAGGAGAUGAGGGACGCCUUCAAGGAGUUUGACACCAACGGGGACGGGGAGAUCACGCUGGACGAGCUGCAGCUGGCCAUGCAGCGCCUCAUGGGCGAGCGGCUCACCCCCCGUGAGAUCAGUGACGUGGUCAAGGAGGCUGACAUCAACGGGGACGGGACCGUCGACUUCGAGGAGUUUGUGAAGAUGAUGUCACGCUGA